AUGGUGGACCAAGAGUUGACUUACCCAGUGAAAAUUAGUUAUAUAACUAACAUCAUCUUUCACAGCAUCGCUUGCCCUUUCACGGUUCUUCUUAACGUGUUGGUGAUUUUGGCGGUGAAAAGAAGACCACGCCUUCGAAAUAAACCCAAUAUCUUGCUGGCUUGUUUAGCAGUCACGGACGCCAUGAAUGGUCUCGCAGCACAGCCAGCCUUCAUCUUCUCAACGACUCUGAAGCUAUUACGUAUGACCAGCCAAACCCUCGAGUUUUUUCACAACAUCGCCUCACGCGCCCUGUACGUUUGUUCUGCCCUGCACUUGAUGUUGGUGUCGUGGGAGAGACUUGUAGCGAUCAAAUUUACCAUGCACUACCCUUACAUUGUUACAAAUAGAAACAUCAAGCUGGCAGUGAUUGCAUUUUGGAUCGUUUGUCUUUCUUCUGAACUAGUAGCACUUAUUACAAACCAAACAAUAUUUACAAACGCUUUAACAGGUCUUGUUUUAAUUUCAUGUGUUAUUUUUGUUUCAUUUUCUUACGGCAUGUUGUACAGAGAAACGCGACGGCAUGAACGUUUGAUCAAAGCUGGACAACUUCCCCAAGAAGAAAAAGAGAGAUUUUCUAAAGAAAGAAAAGCACUCAAGACAACUGUGUAUAUAGUUGGAGCUGUUCUGAUGUGCCUGACGCCCGCAGCUGCAUGGCUAUUAGUCAGUAGUUUUUUGAGAGUUUCAGCGGGAACUUUUUGGGCACAAAUCACUCGCCAAUUGCCUCAAUCAAGUAGGUACACGGUUCAAUUGACGGUUCGCACGUUUGUUUACUUCAACUCGCUUGUUAAUCCAAUCAUUUAUUGCUGGCGACAAAAAGAAAUGAGACAGUUUGUGUUCAGUAAAUUUUGGGCAAGUCAAGAUGUGCAUCCGGCUAACUAA